GCCCCAGACCCCGGGCCAGCGCUGGCCCUGGCUCCCCGAGCCUCGACACUCAGCUGUCUGAUUCUUUCCAAGAAUGAUGUCAACGGAGAGCGCCAACAGCUUCACGCUGAUCGGAGAGGCGUCGGAUGGCGGCACGAUGGAAAACCUCAGCCGGAGACUGAAGGUCACCGGCGACCUCUUCGACAUCAUGUCUGGGCAGACAGACGUGGAUCACCCUCUGUGUGAGGAGUGCACGGACACGCUGCUCGACCAGCUGGACACGCAGCUCAACAUCACCGAGAACGAGUGCCAGAACUACAAGAGAUGUCUGGAGAUACUGGAGCAAAUGAACGAGGACGAUAAGGAGAAACUGCAAAUGGAACUGAAAGAACUCGCGCUGGAGGAAGAACAACUGAUUCAGGAGCUGGAGGACGUUGAGAAGAACCGCAAGAUUGUGGCUGAAGAUUUUGAGAGAGUCAGGGCAGAGGCCGAGCGGCUGGAGCAGGAAGAAGCUCAGUAUCAGAAGGAAUACUGUGAAUUCAAGAGGCAGCAGCUGGAGCUGGACGAUGAGCUGAAAAGCGUGGAAAACCAAAUGCGCUAUGCCCAGAUGCAGUUGGAUAAAUUAAAGAAAACCAACGUGUUCAACGCAACCUUUCACAUCUGGCACAGCGGCCAGUUUGGCACAAUAAAUAACUUCAGACUUGGCCGCCUCCCCAGUGUUCCUGUGGAAUGGAACGAGAUCAACGCAGCCUGGGGGCAGACGGUGCUGCUGCUGCACGCCCUGGCCAACAAGAUGGGGCUGAAGUUCCAAAGAUACCGUCUGGUACCAUAUGGCAACCACUCAUACCUGGAGUCCCUGAUGGACAAAUCCAAGGAGCUCCCCCUGUACUGCUCCGGGGGCCUGAGGUUCUUCUGGGACAAUAAGUUCGAUCACGCCAUGGUGGCUUUCCUGGACUGCGUGCAGCAGUUUAAAGAGGAGGUGGAAAAAGGCGAAACUCGGUUUUGUUUGCCUUACAGGAUGGACGUGGAGAAAGGAAAGAUUGAAGACACAGGUGGCAGUGGGGGCUCUUACUCUAUUAAAACACAAUUUAACUCUGAGGAGCAAUGGACGAAAGCACUAAAAUUCAUGUUAACUAACCUGAAGUGGGGUCUUGCCUGGGUCUCAUCCCAAUUCUACAACAAGUAACCGCGUAAAGAACUCAUCCUGGCAGCUGCAGCGUCUGUGUUUCAUUGGAGAAAGUCAAAUUAAGAUGUCUCUGAAUAUUAACCAGUACAAAAUGUUUACAAUACCAAAAAUCCACAAGACACUUUAUUUGAAAUACCAUUAAUGCAAGUAGGAUAUAGAAAAGCAAUAUGUAAAGUUAUGUCAUUGACCUGAACACAAUAAAAGAAAAUCAGCUCUUAAAGAGA